UUUGACCAAAACAAGAUUUCAAAUUCAGAUCGAAUAGCAAACUGAGUGUUAUUUCAACUCAAUAUAUCCAUUAAUGGGCAUCGUUCGACUUCGAUCUAUGUUUUCGAAUGCGAAACACUUUAGCAAAUUGCAUUCACAUGGAAAUAGAAACCAUUCUGAUGUACCCAAAGGCUAUCUUCCGAUUUAUGUUGGAGAAAUUCAGAAGACAAGAUUAUUGGUACCGGUUUCCCUUUUGGAACAACCUUUAUUUCAAGACUUGUUGCGUAAAUCAGAAGAGGAGUUCGGGUUUGAUCAUCCUAUGGGAGGCCUAACCAUUCAUUGUGGAGAAGACGCAUUUAUGGAUCUCACUUCAAGAUUGCUCACUUAAGAGGUGAACUUUAAAGUAACGCUAAGGUCGCUGCCAUGUGGUUUGGAGACUACAGGUUCGACUUGUGGAAAUAGCCUCUUGUAGAAAUGUACGAUAAACAUGUGUACAUCAGUCUCAAGUUGGCGAGCACCUCCUCGGACCGUACAUGCAGUAGCCUCGUGCACUGGCUACCUCUAGAUUGCCUAUUUCUCCUUGCAAUCUUUUUGGAAAUGUGGAAAACUAUGUCACCGUUUUAGAGAGACAUAGCAUCCCGUUCCAACAGCUUUAGGUGAUUAAGAAGAAUUGCCUUUUGUUGCAAUUCUUCACGAUCUUAUAUUAUAGAAAAGGAUAUACCCAGCUUAGAUUUAUUGUUUCUAAUUCAGUGUAUUUUCUUUGUGGAACCGAAGGUUAAUCUAUUUUAAUGUGCAUAUUAUCAGUAUUCUUGUUUCUAUUCAAUACUAGACGUGGAAAUCCAUUAGAUAUGUAUUCUAAAUGCCAA